AUGUUGGUACUCUCUCCUCCGCGGUCGCCCGUGUUGCUCCAGCUUUUCCAAGGGGUGGUUAUUGUUAUGCCGGAGCCAAGGUAUAACAGAACAAAUGGAAACCCGGAACUGAUCAACUUUUUGAAGCUUUUGCCUAAUCUUACAUAUAGUAAUUUCAAUCACGCAGCUAAGUAUAAGAAAGACUAUAUCGACCCAUCUCAAUACCUCGACGUGAUUCAUAAGAUUCGAUUUGAGUUGCGCUACUAUGCUGAGUCGUCUACAGGUUCCAAAGGAACAUCUGUCAUGGAAACUGUCAACGAGCAAGGAUUUUGCUUCACGUUCAUCUCAAAUGUUGCUGUAUUCAACUCAUACCAGUAUGUAACAUCAAAUUUGUGGGAUGAACAUCACGAGGGUAACGCUGUUGCCAGCAACUAUCUGUCAGACGACGAGAUUUCCCUCUCGGAUAUGAACUCCGGUGCCGAGGUGUACGUGCACAGCCCGGAUGAGCCUGCGCAGAUGACGUCGCGGGUGGCGACUGUGGGCCCCAGCGAGCGCGCGCACGUGUACUUGCAGGCGACGGCGGUCCGUGCCUCGCCGGAGGUGUGGGGUCUGCGGCUGGCGCAGCGCCGCUGCCGCUUCCCCUGGGAGUCGCCGUUGCCGACCACCCCCGUCUAUUCUUACGCCGCCUGUCGCAUUUACUGCCGCCUGCUACUCGCGCGCCGCCUCUGCGGCUGUGCGCCGCACUUCUACAAGAGAACAGGUAAUACACCACUGCAGACGUGUAACCCAUUCGCUCUGGCUUCACUCGGCAGCUGUGCACGAGAGAGCGGAGCUAUUAACCAUCCGUCGCUCGCGCGAAUGACGCUCGUCAUCCACACGAAUAUAUGA